AUGUCUCCUUUCUUCUGCUUCAUCCUAGGUCUUCAGCUGACUCUGGGCUUGAAGAAAACAUCACAGCUUGAGGAAGCCGCGUUGCUUCAGUUUAUGGGCCUGAAGAAGGUACCCUCACCCCGGAUAGUCCAACCUGUGCCCUUCAUCCUGAGGAAGAUCUUCCAGGAGAGACAGAAGGCUGCAGCCGCAGGGCAAUACCAAAAGCUUUGCUAUGUGAAGGAGUUUGGGGUCCCUGGAAACUUAAUCCGUCUCUUCCAAGACCAAGGUGACCUUUUUUAUUCCAAGGAAGUAGACCAAGCUCCACCAUGCACACAGAAGUUUCUUUUCUUCAACCUUUCAGUCAUCACCCAAGACGAGCAACUAAUGAUGGCCCAACUCCAUCUGAAGUUGGGGCUAAAUGCUUACAAUAACCUGCAAAAGGACCUGGAAUUAAUAGUGUCUCUAGUCCGAGGACCUAACCGUCAGUCAGACCAAAAUCUCCUGUUGCGCUAUCUUCCCUGGCCUCAAGGUGUUCUUCAUGUUGACCUGCUGGAUGUGGUUAAUAAAUGGAAUUCCAACCCCCAGAGUAACCUGGGAUUAAUGAUAGAAUUGCUUCCAAAAGGGAAUAGUGACUCUACAGGGAUAAUACGCCCUCAGGAUAACUGUGACAACUGGAGGAAGUCCAUUCAGGCAUCUCUAAUGAUGGUGACUUUAACUCCUAAGGAAUGCCCCCGCUUUCCUCACUUUCCCCAUUUUCUUCACUUUUCCCACUUUGCUCAUUUUCCCCACUUUCCUCACUUUCCCUACUUUCACAGGAAGAGGAGAGACACUCUUCCAACUCCGGAACCUACCUCUGAGCACCUCUGCCGACGUCACCAGCUGGUCAUCAGCUUUAAAGAACUAGGUUGGCAGCAGUGGAUCAUUGCUCCCAAGGAGUUUAGGACCAACUACUGCAAAGGAGAUUGUCCUUUAUCACUUAUGAGCUUCUUUAACAGCUCCAACUAUGCCUUCUUACAGACUCUCAUGAAUUCUAGAACCCCUGAAAUUCCCAAAGCUACUUGUAUCCCCACAAAACUAUCCCCCCUUUCCAUGCUUUAUUAUGAUGGUGAUGGCAAUAUCAUUCUUCGGCACCAUAAGAGUAUGGUAGUUGAUGAAUGUGGUUGUGGAUAA